ACUGUAGUGGUGACACUGGGAAUGUCAGUGACACCAAGUCAGUCCCUCCCAGUGUCAGAAUUGACACCAAUACAGUGAUCAGUGCUGAAAAGAAGCAUGAGGGGUUAACUGUGUGCUGGGAGUGUUUUACUGGGGGGUGGUGUCUGUGUGCUUCACUGUAAUCACAAUGUUCUGGAUGGCUGUGCUGUGCACAGCCAUCCAGAGCAGUGUGCCCGAGCUGACAGGGAGGAGGACUGUUAGUAAACAAAGCAGUCCUCCUCCCCGUUGGAGAUGCUCUGCAAUCACCAGGCACUGGCAGGUAAUC